GGAGCGGAUCCGCCUGAAGCUGGCGCUCCCUGAGCAGCAGAGUGCAGGCUGGUGCCGAAUGCAACGCAGGGACAUGAUGCGAGGCGCCGGUAGUAGUAGUAGCAGUGGCGGCGGCGGCGGGGCGCCGGAGGAGUGGGCAGACUCGGGAGCUGAGACUGCAGGGUCUGAUUCCAGCAGGAUGUCUUCAAGUAGUGAAUUUGUGUUGGAAGAGGGGCAGGAUCCCUUCCAAAUGACUGUGCAUCUACUUGCAAAUCCUGGUGAAUCUCGAGGAUUACAGAAAACACUAGACUGCUUGCUACAUUGGCUAAGCCCGGAUAUCCAGUUGUUCCAUGUUUCUGAGCGAGCAACACCAAAAAAAUGCUGUGAAACACAGCGCAGAAAAAAAUCUGGCUACCCGUCACUCUCUGUUAUUCUAUUCCUGCAUGAAGACUUUGGUGAAGAACGAAUCUUACAAGUUCAUGACUUUUUUCAGAGGCCACCAUGGCAGUAUCAUCACAGUGAAAGUGUGGGUGGGAAAAUCCUUCCUUAUAUGAUUUGUUGUCAGGAUUUCUAUUCUUUGGAUGCCAACAUGCCAAUCUGGGCUGUAAGACAGGUGCACUAUGGGAAUGAGAUCUUGCGAGUUACUGUAUGCUGCAGCAAUGAAAACUUUGAAGAUUCCGUCAAACUCUAUGAGUUAAUUUUGCAGAAGAAAGCUGCUGUGCAGAAAAUUGAUUUCUGCUGUUUCACAGUGUUCUUGAGCCAGAAUUUCUGUAUCCAGCUCUCUUUAAAACAGUUGCCACUCGGAGUUCCUGUAAAUCUGAAAGAAUCAGCUGUGCUUCAAUUCAGAGUGCAUGCAAUCGGAGAACUGGUGCCUCUUCUUCCAAAUCCAUGCAUCCCCAUCAGCAACACAAGAUGGCAAACUGAAGACUAUGAUGGAAACAAGAUCCUUUUCCAAAUCAAAGGAGGAAUGCAGUACUUGGACAGAAGUUGCUCUGCUGGCGGUGGGUUGAACAAUUACUCGUGCAAUUCAGUGCCAUGCAAUCAAACUUCACUUUCAGAAAGGUGGCUAUACAACCAAAUGCAUCAGGAGAAGAGCAAAAUGUUCUCCACUUUGACAGAAAAUGAACAGGAGAGAAGAUGUGUGAAAGGAAAACAAAGAAACUGUUUACAUGGAAUGCUGGACAGAAUUGAAAGCAACACCUCAGAGAGUUUGUGCAGCACACCCAAAAGCAGUUCCUGUUACUCAUCACAGCGCAGCAGUCCAGCAACGUUGUCUCGCUGUGAUCUAGCAUAUUGUUACAACACGUCUACAAAGCUCCAAAACUUUGAACAUGAAGCCAACACUGGACUACAAAAUGCAGAAACUGAUGUUGACACUGGAGUCAUAGUUACAAAAACAAGUUUGUCGUCUGAUGACAGCCUCUGUUCUUUAGACACAUUUUCAACAGGUUUAAAGAACUGUCUUCCUGAUUUAAGUUCAAAAUCUUUUGCAUUAAAAUCAACAAUAAGUGCUGGACUAAAAGAUGAAAUGUCUUCUGGGAAUAUCAGCGUUUUGAGCAAAAAAUGGCAAACUUCCAAAACUGACAAGAAAAGUACACCUUUUUGUCAACAAACAUUUGAAACCUCCCAACAGUUUUAUGCUAGUGGUGUGGAGGAAGAAUUUUUCAUCUAA